UAACGCCACGAACACUCGUACCACUCACAGCCUUCGCGAUACGAACACGCUAAAAAGUGCACGUUGAAUUUUGUUACAACCCUAUUUUUAAAAAGUUAGUGUGUGAUGUGAUUCCGUUUUCGAAUUUGAACCAGUGUUCCGUUUUCAAAGUGUUGUCAAAUAAAAAGUGCUGACUUCGAAUUGUGUGAAACUUUUUUUGUUGUAAACUUUGUGACAGUUUUUGUUGUUUUUUUUCAUGCCAGUACUGUUUCGGUUACGUGUUUAUUUUCCAAAGAGUUUGGAAAUUCUACUUACAAGGGAGCGAUGACCCCUCGGCUCGGGGUGCUGGCCUGAAAGAUGGCUCGAGCGGCCGCUGUCUGCCUAUUCACGGCUCAUUUCCUGGGGUGCAUCAUUGUAUGCCGACAAGACAGCGGCAACAACAGACCUCGGGACCAAAGCACAGUCUCAGAAUCUUCUAGAAGAUUCAGGACGGAGUUCCUAGAAGACUGGCCUCAGACCCCUGGGGCUCCAUACUUUGAUCCUAGCACGCCUGACAAUGUGACCGGCUUGGUGGGGCAUCCUGUCAUACUGCUGUGCAAAGUCAAGAAUUUGCAGAAUAGAACUGUAUCAUGGGUCCGUCACCGCGACAUCCACCUGCUGACGGUGGGGCGCUACACGUACACCUCGGACCAGCGCUUCGAGGCGCAGCACAAGCCGCGCUCCGAGGAGUGGGCGCUGCGUAUACGCAGCCCGCAGCGCCGCGACUCCGGACAGUACGAGUGCCAGAUAUCCACCACGCCGCCUAUAGGCCAUGCUGUACAUCUUAAUAUUGUAGAACCAGAAACCGAGAUAAUGGGGGGUCCAGACCUGUUCAUAUACGCGGGCUCCACCAUCAACCUCACGUGUAUUGUGAGGCACACGCCAGAACCGCCCAACACUAUCAAUUGGACGCAUAGAGGGAAGACGAUAAACUUCGACUCAACGCGAGGCGGCAUAUCGCUAGUUACCGAGAAGGGUAUACACAGCAGUAGUAGGCUGCUGGUACAAUCCGCGCGGACGACGGACGCGGGAACGUAUCAAUGUGCGCCGGAUAACGCGCAGUCAGCGACCGCGAGAGUGCACGUACUUACUGGUGAGACCCCAGCAGCAAUGCAAGGAAGUGCACAGUGGGCGAGCAGUUUUGACCUACACACACUAAUAGGCAUCGCUAGUGUUAUAUACUUAUUAAUUGUGUAAAUAAAAUAAACGUUUAAAGAGAAUGUGACAAUCAAAACGUGAACUUACAAAGCAUAAUCGAAUAAAAAAAGUUUGAUGGACUCUCGAUAUCGAAUCGAUUGUAAAAGUGUUGAUAAAAGUGAAUGGUUCAAAGAUUCGAUUGAUCAAUCGAUAUACAGAAGAACUAGUGAUGUGAAGUGAAUGGUGUUUUGUAAAAAUAAUAAUAGUAUUGUACAGAAUGUUUGAAAUUCAAAGCCUGAUUGUCAGUUGUCAGCGGCUUGUCAAUCUUUUAGUAAAACUGGGAUUUUGUUACUAAAGAAAAAUUGUGGCACUAUUUUUGACGAGUAUUUUUUGUGGCAAACAAAGAGCCUUUGAAAUUUUGGUUUGAUUAAAAUGCCUGUUUACUAAGGUUUCAAAACAGCAGGAAACAUAAAAAUUUUGUACUCCUUAAACUGCCUUUUUCAGUCUGAAUUAAUUAUAAAUUAGCUUUACUAUUAUUUUAUAUUUCAACCUGAAAAGUUAUUGAUUGGCAUAAAUGUAUAAACGAAUAUUAUUGUAAUAGUUUUCUGUGAAUGUUCAAAAGUAUUUAUCAGUAUUUGGACACUGUAUUUAUGUUAAAUCACUAUGAUCAAUCAGGACUAUAAAACAAGCCUGAUGGAAAAUCUGUGCCAACGUUGCAUAGAAAAUAUCCUCAUAAUCAGGGUAAUGUUAAAAGCUAGAAUAUUACUACAUUUCAACCCUCACCUUUCUAAUGUUUAAAUUCAUAACUUUACUAAUAAAGGCCCGCUAAUUAUCAAUCAACCGAUUGAAACUGAUUGAUAUACGAUUAAUUGAUUGACUGAUGAUUGAAAGCAAUGUCAAUCGUGAUUGAUAAUUAGCUGGUCAAAUAAGAAAAAAACGAUGUAAAAAUUGUAGUUAACAUAAAAUAGAUAUAGAUAAUAUUGUUUUGGAGAUUAAAAGUUGAUUUAAAUAAAA